AUGGAGGAUAUAGAAGAAUACUAUGAGACAUCAAAUACUAUAUGGGAAAAAUUCGAAAUCUUUUGUAAAGCCCAAGCAACAAGCUCUUUGGAUGUCUCAAAAGGUGGCGUUAGCACGGGAAAAGACCCUACAUGGUGGAACACAAACGUGAAGAAGAAAGUAAGUAACAAGAAACAGAUUUUUAAGGAAUGGCAGAAAUCCAAUAACGACUUUGACAAAGAUAGAUAUAAAGAAGCAAAAUCACUGGCUAAGCGCACUGUUGCCCAGGCAAGAGCACAGUCACGAGAAACCUUCUACAAUAAAAUAGAAAACAGCAAGUCCGACAGCGAAAUAUUUAAAAUUGCCAAGAAAAGGCACAAUGCAACUUUAGAUGUUAGAAUCAAUAAAUAUAUUAAAGAUAAAAAUGAUAUCCUCUUGACCAAAAAUACCGAUAUAAACAAGCGGUGGUAUGAGUAUUACGAAUCAUUGCUGAAUGAGGAAUAUCCCAGUGAACAUCUUAUACCAUUGGAACCAGUGCGGGGUCCUAUAGAAGACCUAACACUCGCAGAAGUGCAGAAGGCAGUGUCUAAAAUGAAAAACAACAAAGCAGUGGGGCCAGAUGAAAUACCUGCGGAACUG